AUGGCGAUACAAAGACUCGCCGCGGAACUGAUCGUCCGGAUAUUUGAAUCCCUUACAUCUGUCUCAGACAUCCUGAAUUUGUCACUAUCUUGUCAUUAUUUCAAUGGAGUCCUCACCAAGUCGCAAAAGUUGGGGUUGUUUUUCAAUGCCACGGAUAAAGAGAUGGGACCGAUAGGGGAAAUCAUACAACUUUUGACUCAAAACAACGCCCAACUGCUCCAUAUACAACGGUCACCACCACUUUCGCAGGCAUUACUAUCCCAAGUCAAUGCUGCUGCCCGAGUUGCCGACCGUAUCGUGAAACUCUACCCAAGCUUCAGAUGGGUCGACGCGGAGAGCGCUCAACGCCGCCUGCUGACUGACAGCGAAGCGCGUCGGCUGCGGCGUGCAGUUUACCGAUUUUGGAGUUACACUCAGGCAUUCCACAGCCCCCCUUCACCCCUUGUUAUACGACCAGACCAGUUGCCGGCGACAGAACGACUCCACCUUCUGCGAUCUUGGAGCACCGAAGAACUCUACGACCUGGAAGACUUGCGAUGUGUACUUGAACACCUAAUUUCUUCGGAAAUCUGUCCCACUGAUGGUGACGUGUACUCGCGACACCCUGAAGACGUGAGAUUGCCUCGAACAUCAGCGCAAUACGUCGCCCGCAGCAGGAUUUCCUCAAGUUGUACCGCAAUUCGAGACGCUUUCCACAGCACGGACAACAUACACGAAAUGAAUCCACACCAAGCGACCACACAAGAAAUGCGGUUUCGGUAUAUGCAAGGCUGGGGCAGCGAAUUGCACAACUAUUAUCUCGUCCAGUCAUUCCUGAAAUGCUCUCCCAAAGAGAUCUUAUGGCUGUUCGACAAUGCUAUCUACAAGGAGGACGUGGAGCAGUUCCUCGAGUUCCAAAAAUGCGACCCCUACUUCUUUGAGUCAGGCUCAAUGCUUUUCCAGGAUUGGGUUGCUGUUAUGCAUGCGCGCGGCAUAGACGUACAAAAAGCGAGAGAGGGGAUUUGGGAUGGACAUGCAGGAAUCGUGCGGAGGAUUGAAAGCACAAGCAUGUGUGGGUCAGGACGCAUGACCACGUUCGAACGGUGA